AACACCUCUGCGCAUCAUGUAGAUUCCUAAAAGCAUGCAUAUACGCAUUCGACUGUUCCGUAUCUGGUACAGCACUACUUAUACCGUCCUCUUCUUCCUUGCUAUCGUCCUCCUCGCCGUCACCCCCGCCGAUACCAUCUACCAGUCCAUCCGCAGCGAUGACAUCCAGAAGAUAUUCGUCGUGGCUGGAGUCUACCUGCUUACCUUUCUUAUCACGAUCCUGAUAUACUCUACCCGCCUCUAUACAAACCGCAGUGCUCUACAAGGCAUACCGAAGCCCUACCUCCCGAUCGAAGACGGCGAAGUGGGCAAACUGAUUCGGCGGCUGAUUGUCAAGAAUCUGAAGAGGAGUGCUAUCGUCGCGUGGGACUCGAGGCCAAGGGAACUUCAGGAUGAAGAGUUGGAUGAUGCGACAGCGGGUAGUAGGCCACCUACGGCGGAGCGCCAACAUACUACAUUCAAGAGGAGGAGCCAUCUGAUGGAAGCCACGGUCAUACCAGUCUCGGCAGCUUUACCGGCGUGGGGCGAGAUUGCGCAUCCAGGCUGGUCCUCCCCUUCUUCCGAUGACCUACCGAACCUACAGUUCUGGACAGUCAUUCCUGAGCUCCCAAAUCUCAUUGAAGCUAAAGCCGUCUCUCUCGCUCCUCCGGACCCGGCCUUCGACCCGGGCCAACACCCGCAAGAUACCUCGCCAAUACUUCCGGAUGCACAAGUAGUAGCACUCCUUCAGCGCCCUGCGACUAUGGGCUUAAGGGACUAUCUUUCGAGAUUAUCUUCUUUUGGGCUCAUCAACCCUCCAACACUCGGCGCGAAGUUCUUGACGCAGUAUGAGUUCGCAAGGUUCUCUAACACGCCGCUGACUGAACACGAGUUCCGAGAACUUAUGGCUGUGUUCGCCGAUAUCUUGAGCGGUAUGACGGAGCUUGAUGCCGAGCUCAUCGCUAAUAUCCAGGCCGGCGAUAUCGACUCCGAUGCUCUCAGUUUCACAUCCUCGGUUUCCACGCAAACCUCAACGGGCUCCGCGAUCCACUAUCGCACGCCUCGCGUUCCUGAUGCAACGGAUUCAUACUACACAAGCAGCACGUCGUCGGACCCCGGACGAGAUGAGAGCCCUGGAACGAUUCGAACUGCGGCAUCGCGAUUUGAUGUGCGAAGUUCUGGAACCCGCCAAUUGUCCAGUAAUCCUUCAGCCAACUCUUUACGCUCUCAGAGGUUCCAAUCUAUGUCACGAAGUCCGUCUUCUACGGUACGAGGAUCGCCUUCCCUGGCGUCAUUGCGCUCGACAUCAGGUGCCGGAGAAUUGCCAUACCAUUACGAUUUUAAUCACCCUUGAGGGCUCCCUUGGCGUUGCUAUCCCGUAGCCUUAAUCAUGAGCACGAGGGCUGGGUUUUUACGUCUAAUGAUUCUUAUUAAUGUCUAAGUAUGAGAUAGAAUUGGAUCUGCCACUGACUCAAUUCGGGGGCUUUCGAUCUUUACAUCAAACUGGAAAAUUUC